GCAGCAGCACGCGCGUUUGAGGAGCCAGCCCUGCGGGGCGCCGCGGAGCUGCAGCCCGACAGGGGCCCCGAGUCCGGCUGCGAGGCGACCGUGCGGCCGCACCGCUGUGCCGGGCCCGGCCUGGCCUCGGGGAACAAGCAUGCAAGACGCAAGGCCAGCAACAAGAUCUUGGCAACAUCUGGUGGGAUUGUCCGUUCUCCCUUCAGUAUCCUACAAGAUGAUAAUCCCCCCAGUGCUCCUGUCCAACGUCAGGCUAAGAAACACAUACUGGGGGAGAACUCUGGGGAGAAGGAAGUGGCAGCGGAUCUGAGCAGGAACCUCAAAGCUGGGAACUGUGCUUGGAAUGACUUGAACAAAGAAAACCAACAGUGUCCUUUUGUGGAGAACUAGAGAUUUCUUUUCCAAAAGUCUUACUGUAAUUCUCUUUUCAGAGAGUCUUCUAGGACUGGGAAAUCCUGAAAUCAAUUAAGACUCCAGACUAAUGAUUUAUCUUCACCUUUUUCUGUUGGGAAGAUAAUACUCAUAACUUUGUGUAUUUCAUAUACAGUACAGGCUUUGGUUCUCUGUAGGCUGUACUGACUGUAUAGUUCUUAAAGUAAAUAAAUUAAUCUUAAAACUUA